AAGAUUUAUGAUGCAAUUCCAAGCAUAACCUGCGUCACAUGCACUCGUUCCCAUCCGGGAACGUCUCGAUAUAUAACGCGGCGUUCCCUGCGUUGGGAAGACUCAGCCCUUCGCAUCCAACCUCCCCGUGCCUAUUAGACCACUCGAACCAUGCAGGGGCUGAUCGUCCUCCUCUUUUUCUCCCCCUUCACCUCGUUCGUUCCUUGGGUAUCGGGGCAAUUCCCCUGCCCCGAUCCAGAGGACAUCUCCCCUUGCACCUGCGACCACUACACGGAAUGGAACGAGAAUGACAUCCACGUGGAUUGCUCCUCGGCGACGACGAGCGAAAUCUUCUCCAUCUUCAACGACGUCCCCUGGCUCUCGAAGCUCACAGGCUUUAAUAUGUGGUAUAACCGCGCGGUAACGGAACUAUCAGAGGGCAUCUUUGGAGACGUCACCUUCGAAUCCAUAACAAUCACGGGCGCUUCCAACCUGACCGCCGUCCACGAGUCGGUCCUUCUCGCAUCGAAAGACAGUCUGGAAUUAGCCACGUGCGUAUAUUGUUCCCUCGAGGACUUCCCCUGGGACGUUCUCCCCCAGAUGGUUGCUCUCAAGGUUGUCGGUCUCGAGGGCAACGACCUCAUGACGAUACCGGGGCUGCAGAGCCCAACGCUCGAGCAUCUGGAUCUCUCCUAUAACCGCAUUUCUGCUCUCGAAGGCGAAUGGUUCCUCCCCAGUUUGAGGAUUUUUUAUUUGAUUAAUAGUCCCGUGGCAGAGCUGCCCGAUGGAUUUCUUACCAGCCUCGAAAGUUUGGAGUCUUUCAGCUGCGCGGGCUGCCAGCUCGGACCGACUCUUCCAUCCGGCAAACUCGUUUUCCACAGCCAAGCCUUGAAGGAUGUGACUCUCUCGGGAAACGGCAUCGUGGCCUUGGAAGGAGAAGCCAUCUCUGGUCACAGAAGCAACAGCCGCAUUUCCUUAUCGAAUAAUUUGAUCACGGAAGUGGCAGAGGAGGUUUUCCGUCCGAUCGUGGAAGUCUUCGUGUCAGGCGACGGACACCUCGGUCUCUCUGGUGAGUUCCAUGCUUCUUCUCUCGUCCUUUCGAAGCUGACUUAG